AUGCCCUUAUUUGGAUUAAACGUAUUUUAUCAAUCUCUGUUGGUCCAGGGCGGCACACAAGAUGAGGCGAUUGUGGAGAUCAACUUUCGCAUCACCUUCCGAGUCAUAGAUCCGGAGCUAGCUAUCGGUCGUAGCAUCAAGGGUCCCGAUUGUCUGUUGCGCCUAGACGCACAGACCUGUCUACUCACAGCCCUCACUCGUCUACGUUGGGCUCAUCUGGAGACGGGUGCUGCCAAUCUCGACCUUGCUGAGGAUACUAGGGUACACUUAUGCACAUUGAGCAUCUUGUUUUGGCAACAAUCACGCUCUUAA